CGGAAGUGCCGACGUAGUUUCUCGUUCCGGUUCCUCGCCGCGGCUUGGGCAGUUGCUACGUGUCCUUAGCGCGAGCGGUUCGUUCGGUCCCGGAGCCUCAGGCAGUCAUGGAUCAAGUAAUGCAAUUUGUUGAGCCCAGCCGUCAAUUUGUAAAAGAUUCCAUCAGGCUUGUUAAAAGAUGUACUAAGCCAGACAGAAAAGAAUUCCAGAAGAUUGCCAUGGCAACAGCAAUAGGUUUUGCGAUAAUGGGAUUUAUUGGUUUCUUUGUGAAAUUGAUCCAUAUCCCUAUCAACAACAUCAUUGUUGGUGGUUGAACACUCAUCAAGAAGAUCUAUUACCUGAAGUUUGGAGUGAUGGACAAUGGGCAUGGGGUGGGGGUUUGUUUACUAAUAUUUCAUAAAUCUGUAUCUUGUUUACUUACUGCUAUAAACCAGGUUAAGAUUUAAAACAAACUUGACAUCUGA